AUGGGUAAUUGCUUGCCGACGCUUUUCGGGUUCUCGCGACAAAAUGACGAAACUCCGAUGAGAAGGUUUCGAUUUGACAUUGAUCGUAUUCAUUGAUAAAAAUGGGCAUGUUGGUUUGGUUUUUUUAGAAUUUCCGAAGUUUUUUUAGUUCAAAAAUUAUUAACAGUUCAGUCAUCAAAAAUACGAAAAAAACGGUUUUUUUGCCUCAUAACUUUCUUUGUAUUGAAUUCAAUUUUUUUCUGGAACUUUUUUGAAGUUUUGGUGACUUCUAUUUCAUUUCGAUUCAGUUCGAAGAAAAAAAAAACCAAGUUCACGACGUGAUAGGAAGAUCGUGCUCCAUGCAAGGAAGUUAAAAGCGAAAGUUGUUUUUAUUAUUUUUCCUUAAUUCAGAUUUCGUAUAUUUCUUAACAGAUAAAUUGAAGGUUUAAAAUAAUCAAGUAUUAGUGAUAGAAAAGUUAAUAUUUCGAGGUUUUAAAAUGAAUCAAUGGUAAUAUUUUGGACCCGAAGUUAAAUUUGUUACAUGCAAAAUGGUGUUUGAUAAGAUUCAAAAGCUUACUCGGUUGAAAGUAUAAAAAAAUAGAAAAAAAGGGAAUUUUUUUGAAUGUUCGAGUGAUAUUUUUGGGAAAUGAGACUUUAUUCUGUUUUUUUAAUAUGAAUAAUUAUCUACACCAAGAUCUUUAACAUCUUAAUAAUGUUGAUAAAUCUUUGAAAAGUUGAAAAAAUGGCCAGCUCGGGCAAAGUCGGAAUGGGGGAUAAUGGCCGCUAAAAGGCUCUAAAAAGGCAGCAAACAUUGUGCAUAAGAGCCGAUGAAAUGGCGCGAAAAGGCAGCAAAAAAGGAGCCUUUUCACCUAAAAGGAACAUUUCUAUGAAGCCUUUUUUAACAUCUCCGAUUUUGUCUAUAAAUAAGCAUCCCGAAUGAAUUUUAUUUAAAAAAGAAGAUUUUUCCAGAAGUCGGUCUUCAAGCAACGGCGACGGGUCGAUGAGUUUCACAAAUCCAAUGAUGCUACCUCAUAAUGUGAAUCGAUUUUUUUAUUUAUUUCAUAUAAAGUUCAAUUCAAAAUGUUUCAUUUCUACCAAAAAUUUCAGAAAUAUAUGUAGGGAAAACGUAGGAAAAAAAGAAAGUUCUAAUCGAUGUAUAUAUUUUUUUGAGGCUUUUUCAAGGCGCAUAGGUAAAUUUCAUAAAGGUUCUUGCAUCGUAUUUGUUUUUUGUUGUAAAUUUAUCUUUUUUCGAGUUUGGGUGUUUUUCAUGAGAAAUGUUUGGCAGGACAAACUGGAAAAAAAUUUUAUUUUUUUAUAUUUUUUUCCAGAGCUCGUACGUAAAUCAGCUCUACCAACACAAUAUGAUGCGCCAAAGGCAAGCCGCCGACCAGGGACGGGUUCGUUUUUAGCCGUUUUAUUCAUGAAAUUGCAAAGAAACGCUUUGAGAAAAAUGAAUUUGAAUGUCUAUUUUUUCUUCUCGAAAAAUAUUCGAUAUAUUACUUUUUUUUUGAACUCAUUUGUCACAAAAAAAAGUAUUAAAAAAGGCGAGAUAACGAAUAUUUCUCUUCAAGUGAACCCUUACUAUAAAAGAGAUUAACGCCCUUUAAGUGAUCACUUAAUUUUAAUGGCCAAGAAUCGUCCUAAACAUUCGCUUUACUUGUGAAACGGUUCUUUCCUUCAAGUAAACCCUAAAGAGGCGUAAACGUCACUCAUUUGAUCACGAAAUGGCUCGUCUUUAAUAUUUGAUCAUUUUUUACCAAACCAUUAUUUUUUUCUAGGAGCUGGAUGAAGCGAAAAAAUCGCGAAUCCGUGGUCUACUCGAACAAAUACCGGCGGAUGUUUAUCGAGGCGAUACCAAGGAUAAUGAGUGCGAAUUUUUGUAUUUAUCAUUUUUUUUAAAGUUUUCAUCAUCAUCAUUUAUUCAAUGCGAAUAAUAAUACAGUUCAAGGGCCGAAAAGACCUCUAACAGAACAGAAAUUUAAACAUUGAAAACAGCAACAAACCGUUCAAAAAAUAGAAGAUAUUUUGAGAAAGUCAGCGAGAAGAUGGGGUUUUUUCCUCAUUAGAUUUUUAAUCGCAUAGAAUCAUUACAUAGAUCAAACACAAAAUCGGGAAGGGAGUUCCAAGCAUUAAUUAUUCUAAUACUAAAAAACGAGGCAACGAUGUUACUAUUAUUUCUUAUAUUUGAGCGUAAAUAAUAACGAUGGCGGUUGUACUUUUCAGUUGUAUUAAUUACAGAAGUUAAGAUAGAAAGUCCUGGAUGCUUGGAGAUUUUUUUUUCCUGGAAGAAACAUAAGAAGUUAGAAAGCUCUAGUAUAAUAGGGAAUGGAAAGGUUUAAUUAAAUACCGUAGAAACUAUCAAAGACAAAAUGUUUUGCAGGUGCGCGAUUUGUAUGGUGGAUUUCGAGCCCGGCGAGCGGAUACGAUUUUUGCCCUGCAUGCAUUCGUUCCAUCAGGAAUGCGUCGAUGAGUGGCUCAUGAAGUUAGUUUUUUUUUUUUUUUGAGAAGCUAGGAAUUUAUUUUUCAUUAUUGACAUGCACAUCAGAUAGGAACAUUAGUAAAAAGUUAAUUCACUGCGUUUAAAAUGAAAACCGUGAAGAAAAGGAUAAAUCUGGAAAGUCCACGGAGUGCGAAAGUUCGCUAUCGGGCAAAGUCGGAAUUGUAAAUAAUGGCCGCUCAAAAGGAGAGGUUUGAAAAAGGCCGCAAAAAGAGCUUUCAAUUUUUCUAGAAGUUCAAAGGCUCAAGGAAUUAUGGAAAAAAUAGAAAGGCAGCAAAAAUGGUGCAUAAGAGCCGAAAAAAUGGCGCAGAAAGGCAGAAAAGGGAGCCUUCGUCACCCUAAAAAGGAUUCGAAAGCAAUCCAUAAGGGUUGGAAAAAAAGUUUUGGCAAAAAACCUUAGGGUUUAUUUCUUUUUGGACGGUUCUGUGUAGCUGAUUCACGGCUGGCUUGAGCCAUCGAGAAAAGGGUCCUGCCACGAAAAUAGACGAGACAGCGCCUUGGUUGGUGGAGAGUGCAGACAGGCCACGCCUUUCUGCGUCCCAAGCUAG